AUGCCUACUCCAGAGUCCGAAGCCUUCCUUGCCAGGAAGCCCAAGGUUGCUCCGACGUUCCAGGGUGUCGAUUUUUCAGACAACCAAGCAGUCACUGACGCCCGCGAUGCGAUUGUACGAGAACAAUGGGUCCAGCAGAUGAUGCAAAGAUUAGUAGGCGAAGAGAUGGGCAAAUGCUAUCGACGUGAAGGAGUCAACCAUCUGGAAAAGUGCGGGAAAUACAGAGAUCGCUAUUUACAACUGUUGAAAGGGAACAAGGAGAAGGGGUACAGAGGCCGACAGCAGAACUAUGUUCCCGGCGUCGACGGCCCAGCAGGCGGUCCCGAAAUUCUCACCGAUUAUCCGACCGCACAGCAAGCCAAAGGCUCAAAGGGCUCGGAUUUCAGGCCAGGAAACACGACUGGCAACGGUGGUGAUGUGUUAUAUUAA